AUGUUGUCACUCGAGCUGAAAUUGAACCGAAGUCAAGUUAGUGAUGAACUCCUGGCUCGCUAUGCUGAUGAAGAGACAGUGGACGACAGCAGAUUUGAGGACGAAAGCCAGUUAAAACCAGAGAUGGUUCCUGGAAAUAUCAGCCUGCCUGCAUCAUCAGAAAUAGCUGAGACAGGCAUAGUGUCAGGCCAAUUACUAAACAUCUCCAGCACAGUUCUCUACAUCCUUGUGGGAUUCAUAAGCUUCUUCGGUAUUGUCUUCAACGCCAUCAACAUAAUCAUUUUCUUUAAGCAAGGUUUUAAAGACACCGUGAACAUUUCUUUGCUUGUCCUGGCCGUCUCCGAUAUGCUAUCGUCGCUUGCUCUUCUGUGGCUGAGCGUUUGUUACAAUCCCUGGUACGCCAAGGCAGACCUGCCCUUUGACCUACAAAGCGUGGCUUACCUCACGGGAGGGUGGCCCCACCUUUGUCUGGCCCGGAUCAGUGGCUGGAUCACGGCCUUUGUUACGUUUGAGAGGUGCCUCUGCAUUGCUCUUCCUCUCAAGGUGAAAGCGAUCAUUACACCGCGGCGAACCAUCUACGCACUCGUUGGGAUUUAUUUCAGUAUGGUUGCCACUGUUGCACCAGUGUUUUACUCAAUCCGCUUAGAGCCAAAAUAUUUGCCCAUGAUAAAUGAAACGAAGAUCGUAAUGGUGUACGUAGCUAACGGCAUAGUUAUCGAGAACGUUUUUACGUCUGUCAAUAUCUUCUCUCAAUUUGCCUCUUUUUCUGCCGUUAUCGUCUGCACAGCAAUUCUAGUCCAGAAUCUUCUACGGAAUUCAAAAUGGCGGCAGUCGACUUCGAGUUGUGUCAAGCAGGAAUCUGUUUCGAACAGAGACAAAAAAGUCAUAAACAUGAUUAUCUUUAUUUCAUGCAUAUUCAUCAUUUGUUAUUUACCGAGUAUAGUCAACCUUAUAGUGAUGAUAGCAUAUCCUGCAUACGAUAUUGGCGGCAGAUACCAUAAUUUGUGUGUGCUUAUCUGGGCAUUUCUAAAACCAUUAGAGGGUGUAAAUUCCUCGGUGAACAUCUUUGUGUAUUUCAGCAUGAGCUCAAAGUACAGAGAAAUCCUGGACAGAAUGCUCAAGAGGAACGACUGA